AAAAUAGUGAUGCAAAGCAACAAGCAAGAGCUAAAUAUUUUGAGCUUCAAAAUGGUAAAAUAUACUUAAUAAAUGGAAAGAGACUAGCAGUCCCAGCUAACAAAGCCUUACGAACAAAAAUUCUAAAGGAACAUCAUGAUGUUGAGAUCGCUGGUCAUCUUGGAAUUGAUAAAACAUGUGAAUUAGUUAUGAGAAAUUUUUAUUGGCCUAAAAUGAAUAAAGACAUACGUAAAUAUAUACUUAGCUGUGAUGAAUGCCAACGUAAUAAGAGUAGUAAUCAAACACCUGCAGGAUUGUUGCAACCUUUGUCCAUACCAAACCAAAGAUGGGAACAAGUUACUAUGGAUUUUAUCACUCAACUUCCAUCGACACGUCAAGGAAAAGAUGCAAUCGUAGUAUUUGUUGACAAAUUAACAAAACGAGCACAUUUCUAUCCAGCUAAUACUACAAUUACUGCUCCUGAAGUUGCAAAAAUUUUCUUUUCAGUAAUCUUUAAAAAUCAUGGACUACCCAAAGUGAUAAUUUCAGAUCGAGAUGCCAAAUUUACCAGUAAUUUCUGGAAAACACUUUUUCAACAAUUAGGUACCAAGUUGUCAAUGUCUACAGCUUUUCAUCCUCAAACAGAUGGUCAAACUGAACGAAUGAAUCGUACGUUAGAAGAAAUGUUAAGAAUUUAUGCAACAUAUAAUCAAGACCAAUGGGAUGAAUAUUUACCUGCAGCAGAAUUUGCAUACAAUAAUUCAAAGAAUGUCUCCACAGGAUUCACACCAUUUGAACUUGAUUGUGGAUAUCAUCCAAACACCCCAGUGACAAUUUCAUCGAAUAAUUCAACAAGAGUUGCUACAGUAAAUGAAUUCUUAGAUCAUUGGAAUAAUAUGAUGAAAAUAGCAAGAGACACAUUGAUAUUAGCACAAGAAAAACAAAUCAAAUAUGCAAACCAACAUCGACGCCAUGUAGAAUAUAAAACAGGAGAUAGAGUCUUAUUAUCAACAAAAAAUAUUAAUACACCUGUAGAUAAAGAAAGACCUACAAGAAAACUUAGUCCUAAGUAUAUUGGUCCAUAUAAAAUAAUAGCAGAAAUAUCAAAAACAGCAUAUAAAUUAGAAUUACCAGCAAAUCUAAAAAUUCAUCCAGUAGUUAUUCGUAAAAAGCCACAAUACCUUGUGAAAUGGUUAGGUUACCCAUUAUACGAUGCUACAUGGGAGCCUAUGGACAAUCUAAAGAAUUGUCAAGAAAGGAUUAGAGAAUAUGAGAGUCAACGAGGACGUUGA